AUGAAGCUGAUGUUGUCCCUAAACGUCCCCCGUUGUCUCCACAGUGCCCUUAAAGACAGCCGCUUUCCCCCCGUGACGAGGGACGAGCUGCCACGCCUCUUCUGCUCGGUGUCUCUGCUCACCAACUUCGAGGACGUCGGUGAUUACCUUGACUGGGAGGUAAGAGACAAACAAGACAGGUAGCUAUUAAUUCAUCUUAUGCAAAACUCUUCAGUCAUUUAAUUUUUAUUGAAAUUAAAUAGCCUUCACAUGUGAAUCCAGCAGUUGAGGUUUACAGUGCACCGGAGAACAGUACACUCUCCACACUGAGCUGUACACUCUCCACACUGAGCAGCACACUCUCCACACUGAGCAGUACACUCUCCACACUGUGCAGUACACCCUCCACACUGAGCAGUACACUCUCCACACAGAGCAGUACACUCUCCACACUGUGCAGUACACUCUCCACACAGAGCAGUACACUCUCCACACUGAGCAGUACACUCUCCACACUGAGCAGCACACUCUCCACACUGAGCAGCACACUCUCCACACUGAGCAGUACACUCUCCACACUGAGCAGUACACUCUCCACACUGAGCAGUACACUCUCCACACUGUGCAGUACACUCUCCACACUGAGCAGUACACUCCACACUGGCAGUACCACUCUCCACACUGUGCAGUACACUCUCCACACUGCAGUACACUCUCCACACUGUGCAGUACACUCUCCACACAGAGCAGUACACUCUCCACACUGAGCAGUACACUCUCCACACUGAGCAGCACACUCUCCACACUGAGCAGUACACUCUCCACACUGAGCAGUACACUCUCCACACUGAGCAGUACACUCUCCACACUGUGCAGUACACUCUCCACACUGCAGUACACUCUCCACACUGAGCAGUACACUCUCCACACUGAGCAGUACACUCUCCACACUGUGCAGUACACUCUCCACACUGUGCAGUACACUCUCCACACUGAGCAGUACACUCUCCACACUGAGCAGUACACUCUCCACACUGAGCAGCACACUCUCCACACUGUGCAGUACACUCUCCACACUGCAGUACACUCUCCACACUGUGCAGUACACUCUCCACACUGAGCAGUACACUCUCCACACUGAGCAGUACACUCUCCACACUGCAGUACACUCUCCACACUGUGCAGUACACUCUCCACACUGCAGUACACUCUCCACACUGAGCAGACCUCUCCACACAGAGCAGUACACUCUCCACACUGUGCAGUACACUCUCCACACUGCAGUACACUCUCCACACUGAGCAGUACACUCUCCACACAGAGCAUUAAACUCUCCACACUGAGCAGAUACACUCUCCACACGUGCGUACACUCCUCCAUACUGUGCAGUACACUCUCCAUACUGUGCAGUACACUAACUCCACCCUGUGUAGUACACUCUCCACACUUGCAGUACCUCUCCACACUGCAGUACCACUCUCCACACUGGCAGUACACUCUCCACACUGAGCAGUACACUCUCCACACUGCAGUACACUCUCCACACUGAGCAUUACACUCUCCACACUGAGGCAGUACACUCUCCACAACUGUGCAGUACACUCUCCACACUGAGACAGUUACACUCUCCACACUGUGCAGUACCACUCUCCACACUGAGCAGUACACUCUCCACACUGAGCAGUACACUCUCCACACUGUGCAGUACACUCUCCACACUGAGCAGUACACUCUCCACACUGAGCAGUACACUCUCCACACUGUGCAGUACACUCUCCACACUGAGCAGUACACUCUCCACACUGAGCAGUACACUCUCCAUACUGUGCAGUACACUCUCCACACUGUGUAGUACACUCUCCACACUGUGCAGUACACUCUCCACACUGCAGUACACUCUCCACACUGAGCAGUACACUCUCCACACUGAGCAGUACACUCUCCACACUGCAGUACACUCUCCACACUGAGCAGUACACUCUCCACACUGAGCAGUACACUCUCCACACUGUGCAGUACACUCUCCACACUGAGCAGUACACUCUCCACACUGAGCAGUACACUCUCCAUACUGUGCAGUACACUCUCCACACUGUGUAGUACACUCUCCACACUGUGCAGUACACUCUCCACACUGCAGUACACUCUCCACACUGAGCAGUACACUCUCCACACUGAGCAGUACACUCUCCACACUGCAGUACACUCUCCACACUGAGCAGUACACUCUCCACACUGAGCAGUACACUCUCCACACUGUGCAGUACACUCUCCACACUGAGCAGUACACUCUCCACACUGUGCAGUACACUCUCCACACUGAGCAGUACACUCUCCACACUGAGCAGCACACUCUCCACACUGAGCAGUACACUCUCCACACUGUGCAGUACACUCUCCACACUGAGCAGUACACUCUCCACACUGCAGUACACUCUCCACACUGUGCAGUACACUCUCCACACUGCAGUACACUCUCCACACUGAGCAGUACACUCUCCACACUGAGCCGUACACUCUCCACACUGAGCAGUACACUCUCCACACUGUGCAGUACACUCUCCACACUGUGCAGUACACUCUCCACACUGUGUAGUACACUCUCCACACUGUGCAGUACACUCUCCACACUGUAGUACACUCUCCACACUGAGCAGUACACUCUCCACACUGAGCAGUACACUCUCCACACUGUGCAGUACACUCUCCACACUGUGCAGUACACUCUCCCACUCUCCACACUGUGCAGUACACUCUCCACACUGUGCAGUACACUCUCCACACUGAGCAGUACACUCUCCACACUGAGCAGUACACUCUCCACACUGCAGUACACUCUCCACACUGUGCAGUACACUCUCCACACUGCAGUACACUCUCCACACUGAGCAGUACACUCUCCACACUGAGCAGUACACUCUCCACACUGUGCAGUACACUCUCCACACUGAGCAGUACACUCUCCACACUGAGCAGUACACUCUCCACACUGAGCAGUACACUCUCCACACUGUGCAGUACACUCUCCACACUGCAGUACACUCUCCACACUGAGCAGUACACUCUCCACACUGAGCAGUACACUCUCCACACUGUGCAGUACACUCUCCACACUGUGCAGUACACUCUCCACACUGUGUAGUACACUCUCCACACUGUGCAGUACACUCUCCACACUGAGCAGUACACUCUCCACACUGAGCAGUACACUCUCCACACUGAGCAGUACACUCUCCACACUGAGCAGUACACUCUCCACACUGUGCAGUACACUCUCCACACUGCAGUACACUCUCCACACUGCAGUACACUCUCCACACUGUGCAGUACACUGGGAGAGAUGAGAAUGAAAUAGGAAUAGGACGCUGCUGCAGUGGCCUGAGUGAACUGGACCCCAUUGCAGCCUGGAGAUCCACACAGCAAGCAUGAUUUAGGCAGACAAGCAACAUACACAGGCACUCUGUCUUUGUUGUGAGGACGUAAGCAGUGACCUUGCUGACCCAGAGGGGCUACAGUACAGAGUGGGCCUCGGGUGGGGGUAGGGUGGGACAAAGGCCGUGGCAUGGGUGGGGGAUUGUGUGUCACCUGGACGUUUUCGAUUAUAACUGGAACAAUCCCCCGAGCUAUCUUGACCGGAUCCUGACCCUCAACCAACAAUCUGAAUUGCCUAAAAGGAACUAAUACAUCCAACUGUAGGGAACUCUGAAGAUUGUUCCAUAAGUGAGGUGCGAAGAAACUAAAAGCUGUUUUUCCUAAAUCUGUUGUGACAGAAGGAAUUUCAAGAGUUAGCCCUCCCUGUGACCGGGUAUGGUAUCUCGUACUUCUAUAAGUUAGUAACACUGUUAGGUAAUGCUGUAGUUUUUCUGGAGUGUGUGGCCGAAGACAUGUAGUGUGUAUAUAUAGGCAUUUGUCUGUGUUGGUCCUGUCAUUAAAGUGAUGUCCGUUCUUCCGUCUCUCUCUCUCUCUCUCUCCAUUCUUUCUCUGGCCUGUAGGUGGGUGUUCAUGGCAUUAGGAUAGAGUUUUUCAAUGAAAAAGGAUCAAAGCGCACCGCCACCUACCUACCAGAGGUCGCAAAAGAGCAAGGUAAGUGAAAUCGUGUGUCCCAUCACCUUUGUAUAAUCUCUGUAUGACUGAAGGUCUUGGUUCUAGAGAGAAGUGGUAUUCAAGGGGAUAUCAAGGGGGAUAUUCAAGGGGAUAUAACCUUCUCUGUGCAGGAUGGGACCACAUUCAGACCAUAGAUUCCUUACUACGAAAGGGAGGCUACAAAGCUCCCAUCACAAAUGACUUCAGGAAGACCAUUAAGUUGACCAGGUAAGAGAGGCUCCUUUCACACCGGAUGCUGUCUGACUUCUACUGCUGGCCUUGGUUUUGCCUUAAGUGUAGAUUAUGACAGUGUAAGUGUUGCCCACUGCUGGGAAUAUGGCACUGGUGCAUAAUUACUGUAGGUGACCCUCCCAAAGCCCACCAUGGUCCUGUUUGCCAAAGUACAGACAGAAAUCAGUGAAGGAGUACUGCUACAUCCAUAGCAGCAUUAGGAUGUAGAGAUUAUAGGGCCACUGCCAGGUAAAUUGGGGUAACUGUUCCUUCUCUAACUUCCCUCUCCUCCUGCUCAGGUACCGUAGCGAGAAGAUGACGAUGAGCUAUGCUGAGUACAUCGCCCACCGCCAGCACCAUCAUUAUCAGAAUGGCACCGGGCACCCUCUACCCCCAUACAACCAUUAUUCCUGA